CAUGUUGGGGACCCGGUCCUAUGGCGGAAAGAGUGGGUCUUCUGCUAGCUUCUAAGCCUAGCGGGGUCCUAUUGAUACAACCUAAGGCGCACUCUGGCGUUUCUAGGGACGUUAACGUGUACUACCAUCUCACUACAUUGAAUUUUCAUAUCAACAAAGCGCUGUACCGAAAGUACGAUUACACAGCGGAAGUAGUUCCGUCGACCUUUGUGCAAGACGGCCAAGUCGAUGAGAAGAUUUCGUCAUUUGGGGACGUGAAAGGUGUACCGUCUACACUAAACCCUAAAGGGAAAGACCAAGACGAAAAUGAAAACAAUAUUUUCCCAGUAAGAAUCCAGAUGACCAAAGACGCAUCGACACGCCAGUUGUCAAUCCAGGUUAUUGGACGAUUAGAUGGUGGUGAGUGUGCCAUCGUUAUUAAGGCGACGGAAAUGGAGGUGAGGAACAAUCUGCGCAUGCCAAGAAAGGACUCCACCGUGCCCGUGUGCUACUAUCUACUCAGUGGAAACACCGUAACUCUCAGAGAACCAACGGAGAUCAAGCUGGCUAAACAGUCCCUUCAAGAGGCCAUGUCGAGGGAAGACAUCAACCGGAUCCAAGCGGCCGUGGUCAGAUGCCUCCGCAUGAAGAUUCCGCCCACCGACGACGAGAUAGCGGCGGCCGACGCCAAACUGGAGUACCUAAGACUAAAGAAAGAUAUUAUUGACUGCGUGAAACGACGUAACGCCCCUAUCGUGACGGAAACGUUACGUAAGGUAGUCAACUAUCGCUAUCGGGAGGCGCUCGUCAUCGAGGUGGAGAAGCUGCUCAACUUCCGGUCUGAACUUCUCGGUCUGCAGGGCUACACUAAAGAACUUCCGGGAAUCCGGGAGGCUAAUGAGGAGCUGUACAAGCUGACCAGUCCCAGCCCUGCCGUCCACAACACCUUAAAAGCGCUUCUUCUGCUCCUGGGAUACAAAGGCGACACGAAGGAUUGGGGCUACAUCCACUCGCAACUGACCCUUGCCAAGGACAAGCUCAAUCAACUGACGCUAAUCAAGCGGAUGGAGUACAUGUCCGAGACAAACUUCCCGUGGGGAAACAUGGACCUGGACACCCUCGACAAUGUCAACUCCAUCGUUCACAAGUACACUUAUCAGCACGUGAGCCACGGAAGUCAGGCUGCCGCUACCAUGUACAAAUGGAUAGACGCAAUGCUAAUACGGGCCAGAGAUUACUUCAGAAACGCUGCAUCAUAAACAUGAAAACUCUAGAGAUAUUUAACAUAAAACUAUUAAUGUAAAAUAUGUUUUUGUCUAUUUGAAUAAGAGACCCUCUGUGAUAUGUGUGAUGUCAUUGAAACACUUAACAUAUUAUUUUUAAAAAGCUCAUAACUGGUAUACGUUUCUUUUAAUUAUUUAUUUUCAUCCAGUAGUGACAUGCUUAAUAUGGACUUCAUAUGCACAGUCCCUUAAUUUCAUGAUUACGAAUUAGUAAAAUUUGCAAUAAAUGCAGUUAGCGGAAUUCCUUA